GCAUCAAAUGAAAAUAUUUAUCUUAAGAUGGAGUUUGCAAGAAAUAUUUCUCACUAUUCAAAUAUUCCCAAAACAGCUGACAUUGUUGUUGGAAUGGUUUAUUUAAUAUUUGGUCUGUGCUCACUGUUUGGGAACAGCAUCUUGCUGUACAUAUCCUACCAGAAGAAGCAGCUGUUAAAGCCAGCAGAAUACUUCAUAGUGAAUCUGGCUUUGAGCGACCUUGGAAUGACUGUAAUUCUGUACCCUCUAGCCAUCACCUCCAGCUUUGCACACAGGUGGAUAUAUGGAACGCAUGUUUGUUUGUUUUAUGCUUUCUGCGGCGUUCUGUUUGGAAUUUGUAGCUUGUCAACUGUAACAUUGCUAAGCACCGUGUGUUGCAUUAAAGUUUGUUUUCCUACUUAUGGAAACAGAUUUGGCCAUAAACAUGGAAGCAUUCUCAUUUGCGGUGCCUGUGCAUACUCGACUCUUUUUGCCACCUCACCUUUAAUUCACUGGGGCAAUUACGGAACAGAGCCAUAUGGCACAGCUUGCUGUAUCGACUGGCGGUCCUCUAACGUGAGCCAAGUCGCCAUGUCUUACACUAUAGUUCUCUUUGUGUUUUGUUUCCUCCUCCCCUGUGGAAUUAUAAUAACUUCCUUUACACUUAUAUUGAUAACGAUGAAAGCGUCUCGGAAAGCUGUGGAACGACACAGUUCAGUUCCUGCAAGGAUGAGCAAUGUGCAGAUGAUCAUUGUAAAGCUAAGCAUCGCAGUGUGCAUUGGUUUCUUCACAGCAUGGAGUCCAUACGCCAUUAUUGCUAUGUGGGCAGCAUUUGGGUCUAUUGAUGUCAUUCCUCCUUUGGCAUUUGCAGUGCCUGCAGUUUUUGCAAAAGCUUCAACGAUGUACAAUCCGAUGAUUUAUCUUUUCUUGAAGCCCAAUUACCGAAAUAUGCUUUGCAAACAUUUUACAGUUCUACACAAAUUUUUUGGCUUACACUGUCUGUGCAUGAAACAUGCCAGGGUUUGCCAUCAUGUAUCACUUUUUAAGGUGUUGCACAAACUGUUUGCCAGAAGAAGAUCGAACUGUCUUUCAGUGACACCAAAAGAAGGAUGUCAGUACUUCCCGUGUGAUAAGUGCAAAGAUACAUUUGAAUGUUUCAAACACUAUCCAAAAUGUUGCCAUGAAGUACUUACAGCUUUGCCUUACGCUAAACAAGCAAGAAAUGCUUCAGAGAUGAAGCCACGUGAUCUCAAAGAUGGUGCCAAGAAAUCCAUAAGAGUGAGUGUGCGAGGACACACGAGAACUGAUGUGGACAGCUUUGAAAUUACUUUAGAAGUGAUUUUUGGGUCUGUGCUGCAACCUCCGCCAACCACAUUGGCAUUCCACACUUCUGUGGUUCCGUCCUCUGAACCCUGCGUCAUUAAAAAAAACAAAAACGUAUGA